AUAAAGACUUAGGAAACAGAACACAACGUAGUGAUUCCCACGUUACACCUUUCCUCCUAACCUGUUCCUUCAUCACCACUCAAUCUCCGCAACAUAACUUUUGUAACGUGUUACCUCCCAUCUUAAAAAUCUUUUCUCAAUCUUCAGCCGGCCAUGACCAUUUCUUAGUCCCAAACCUUCUUGCGAGGAGAGAUAGAGAGAGUGAGAAGGCACCGCAAGCCCCAACUUUGGUGGUUAUUAUCGGUGGGUCGUGUCGUCCUGGAGCUGUCUCGUUGUUUCCCCACGACGGCGGAGGAGGAAGUAAACGAGUGGAGAACCAUGGACAUUGGUGGUCCAACCGAUGUUCAACACGUGGCUCACGUGACCUUUGAUCGUUUCAACGGCUUCCUUGGCCUUCCGUCUGAGUUUGAGCCUGAUGUCCCCAAGAAAGCUCCCAGUGCAAGUGCAACAGUGUUUGGAGUUUCAACAGAAUCAAUGCAGUUAUCAUAUGAUUCGAGAGGGAACUGUGUUCCUGUAAUACUAUUGCUACUGCAGAGCAGGCUAUAUGAUCAAGGAGGGUUGAAGGUAGAAGGAAUAUUCAGGAUAACAGGAGAGAACAGCGAGGAAGAGUAUGUAAGGGAGCAGCUUAAUAAAGGGAUGAUUCCUGAUGGGAUCGAUGUUCAUUGUCUAGCUGGACUUAUAAAGGCUUGGUUCAGAGAGCUGCCUAGAGGAGUGCUAGAUCCUCUGCCAUCUGAGCAAGUACUGCAAUGUGAAUCAGACGAGGAUUUCAUCAAGGUUGUGAGGCUAUUACCUCAGACAGAAGCUUCUCUUCUCAACUGGGCCAUCAAUCUCAUGGCUGAUGUUGUUCAGUUUGAGAAUGUUAACAAGAUGAACUCUCGUAAUCUUGCUUUAGUCUUUGCCCCUAACAUGUCUCAGAUGAAAGACCAGUUAACCGCAUUGAUGUAUGCGGUCCAAGUGAUGAAGCUGCUGAAGUGCCUCACAGAGAAAGCCCUGAGAGAAAGGGAAGUCACUUCUCCCCCAGUUGAUACAAGAUCUAGCAAUGAAGCCGAAGACGGCGAGAAGGAAGUAGACAAUGAAGAAGAAGAUGAAGAGGAGGAAGAAGGAGAUGGAGAUGGAGAUGGCGUGUACAUAAUUGAGGAAGUAGACAGUGAAGCGGAAGGUGGCGAGAAGGAAGUAGACAAAGAAGAAGAAGAAGAAGAAGAAGAAGAAGAAGAAGAAGAGCAAGAUGGAGAUGGCGUGUACAUAAUUGAGGAAGAAGCAUUGCAGAUAACAAGAGUGGUUGCUGAUGACCACAAGUCGGAGAGCAUGAAGAGUGCGUAUGAUGGAUCUAUUACAUCUGAUUCAAAGGGAGUUGAUGGAGUUGUGCAGCCACUCAUUUGCAAUCCAGACCACAUAGGAAACAAGUGAAGUUGAUGUUUUUUUUAAAGUAUUUGUGUUUGGAUUGCUUUUAUCUUAUUAUUGCAUUAUGUAACUUCUAAGUAAUGUUAGUUUGUUGUUGAAUGGUGGUAUGAUAUGAGACUAACUCUAUGUUAUGAAAAGUAUAAAACUUAAAGCAAGAAACAUCACUUUCAUUCCUUA